UGUUUUAUAAAAUCACAUCUUUUGUAAUACCUAUUAAUCAUUAAAUAAUAUUAUUUAAUUAGUAAUUACAUUAUACAUAGAUUACACAUUCCCACAAAUUACAGUAAUUAAGUUUUUAACGAGUAACAUAACUACUAAUAUUGAUGUCAGAUGUUCCUGUUGUCAUUUUUUCAACGAUUAUAUAAUAGUAAAAAUUGCCAAUUGGUAGUUUUGAUAAUAAAUGGAUAAGCGAGUUUACGAGUAUAACAAUAUAACAUAAUAAAAUUACUUAAAAAUAUAAUAUAAUAGUUAAUUUAUUAAUCAAACGGUUUUUUUCAAUAUAAUUAACCUAUCGAAUCGACAAUUUUUUCAAAAAUAUUAGUAAAUAAAUUAUAAUUAUGACUACUCCAUCAUCUACAACCAGUCAAAAACACAAAGCGUUCUCUGGAGAGCCUAUGCGAGACAAACCAGUUGAAGAUCUCGCUGGUAUUGGACCUGUAUUAGCAAACAGACUAAAAGAACAAGGAUUCAACAAAGCUUACAAUGUAUUGGGUCAAUUUCUUCUUUUAGAAAUGGAUCAAGAGUUAUUCUGUGACUGGUUAAAAGAUACAGUAAAAGCCAACUCAAAACAAUCAAAAGAUUGUCAUGCUUGCUUAAAAGCAUGGUGUGAUGAAUUUUUGUAGAUGAAUUUUGUAUUUUGUAAUAAUAAUUCUUAAUUCUAAU